AUGGAUUCAAUUGACUAUACAGAAGCAAAAUUCAAAUUUUUAGGAAUAAGAAAACACUUUUUUAAAGAUGUUACUUAUCAUAUAACAGUUUUCGAUGAGAUCGUUAUUAUGGGAAUAGUAGAGAUUGUAAUAUUAAAAUUUAGACUGCUGAUUGCCAAAAUCCUAAAUACAGAAUUAAACUGUCUCUUGAUACAAAGAUAAACUGGGAGAUACGUAAAAGUAAAAAGGAAUUGGAGAGUUUUGAAUUUCUAUAUUAAAAUAAAAAGAAGGCUGUCUAUGCACAAGCAAAGGAUUUGUUAAAGUAUUUUUAGUAUCAUAAUUGAUUAGAUUUAAGUAACUUUUAGCAGGAAAAGUAUUAUAUGAAGGAAUAGGAGAUUUAUAUUAACCUUUAUUUUAGGUUGGUAAAGGAAGUUCAGCAAAAGUAUUAUUAUCAAUAAGAUAUUAAGGUGUACAGUGCAAGAAAUAUUUUAGAUUAAGGAGUUUAUGCAGUAAAAGCAAUAGAAAAAUCAUUUUUGAAGCUUACAGAAAAUGGAAAUGGAAUUGUAAUCAUAUUAUAUUACAUUAGUAAGCAUUUUAAUCAGAAAUACAAAUUCUAAGAACAUUGUCAUAAUAUUAACAUAAUUUCUUGGUUUUGAGUGAAAUUUAUGAGGGAGAUAGCACAUUUUAUGUUGUCACUUCAUAUUUAGAAGGCUUAAAUUUAAGUGGAGAAUUAGAAAAAGCAAAGGUAGUUUUAAUAGUUAAUUAUUAGACUCUUCCUUAGAAAAGACUACCAAUAUAGAGUAUAAGAAUUAUUAUGAAAAAGAUGCUAACAAAUUUAUAAAUACUUCAUUCUCACCGAGUAAGUAUGUUGAAUAUAUUAUAGAUUAUACAUAGAGACUUAAAACCUGA